UCCACGCUCGGCUCCCGCGGCCCGAGGCUCGGCCCCACCAUGGCGCGGGGACGCCCCGGACCUGCCUUCCUCCUGCUGCUGUGCAGCCUGCAGGCCGGUGCCGCCGUCCCGACGCAGGAGGUGCGCGCCCUGGUGGGCAGCGACGUGGAGCUCAACUGCACGUGCCCCCAGGGGGGCGGCUUCGACCUGGACGACCUGUACGUGUACUGGCAGACCAGCGCGGCCGGCGGCCCGGAGGAGGAGGUGGCCUUCCACCUGGGCAACGGCUCGCGGGGCGUGGGGCCGCAGUACCGGCAGCGGGCGCACCUGGCGCCGGAGCGCAUGCAGGGGGGCGACUUCUCGCUCAGCCUGCGCCGCGUCAGCCCCCAAGACGACCAGACCUUCCGCUGCCUGGUGUUCAGGAAGUCCCUGGACAUGAGCCCCAUCGCCGAGGCCGUGGUCUCGCUGCACGUGGCCGCGAAUUACAGCAUGCCGGUGGUCCACGCCCCCCAAGGGCCCGCGCAGGACGAGGUGCUCACCUUCACCUGCACGUCCAGCAACGGCUACCCCAAACCCAACGUGUACUGGAUCAACACGACGGACAACAGCCUCCUGGACAAGGCCCUGCAGAACAGCUCCGUGACCCAGAACGCGCAGGGCCUGUACGACGUGGUCAGCGUCCUGCGCCUCGGCCGCACCGCCAAUGUCGACGUCGGCUGCUGCAUCGAGAACGUCGUGCUGCGCCAGAACCUGACGGUCAGCAGCCGGGCAGACGUGCCCGUGGCAGAGGGAAGCCACUUAACGACGGGGCAACCCCUGGCGCCGCGCGGCGGCCCCUCGACCCUGACAGUCCUGGCCAUGACGGCCCUGGCCGUGGCCCUGGCGGCGGGCGUGGCCCUGGGCUACAUGUGCAGGACCCGGUGGCUGCGCGGACGCUACGCAGGCGCCCAGGCUGCGCAGCCGGAGCUGGGGCUGGCCGGCCACGCCUGACGAGAAGCGCUGCCCAGGGGCUGGGCAGGUGGACGCUGGCCCUCGCCCCUUGUGCAUGGACACGGGGCUGCAUGGGCGCCGGCCUCCACGGGGAUGCACAGGCCCCUGAAGCAGCCCGCCCUCAGCCCGCGGGUGCCUCCGGGCACGUGGAGUGUGCAAUAAGGUCAGCCGCGGGGACCCCAGGAGCCGCACUCGCAACAGACACGCUUAGGCAAGACCACGCGCCUGCCGGCCUGGCCCUCUCCAGGCCACGGCGGAGCCGCCCUUGCGCCGGGCAACGGCUGGGAAGAGGCGUUGCCCGAGGCUGCGCCCGCGCCUCACCAGCCUGCACCCGUGCCCUCAGCCUCUGUCACGCCUGCCGGAGCCCAGUCCCGGGCCCCCGGGCACAGCGCAGCCCCCGUCCACCGGCGGGCAGGCCCACGGAAGACGCCAGCCUGCAGAGGCCCGAGGGCCCCGCACGCGGAUCGCAUGGGGCAGGCGGCGGCCCCACGGCGGUGUGGUCUUUAUGCCAGGCGUCCAUUUGGCACAGACAUGACUGAACGUGAAGCAUUAGGACACGCGCAGCAUUUAACAGGAGGACAGGGCGGUCACCAGCUGGCCGCGAGUGAGGGGACCGCACCCUCCAGGUGCCGGCCCGAGAAGGCUGCUGCACGGAGCCCCCGGCCCAGCCGGGCAGGUGUCCUCUCUGAAGCCAUCUCCGCGGAAACCCUCCGGCCAGCAGCAACCCCUUGGGCACGCGGCCCUGCCUGGCCCCGCUCAGCGCCCCGUUGUCUCCCUGCUGGACCCGGGCCUCCGCCUGACAGCCCCCACCCCGCACCCACUGACCAGCCACUAGGGACAGUCCGCGCGGUGCAGAGUGGGCGAGGCCGGCCUGCUAGCCCCCGCUGCCCGGUUGCCUGCCGGCUUGCCGGCCCAGGCUAGCCAGCAGCUGUGUCCAGAGGCUGAGCCUCGGGCGUGGCCUGCUGGGUCUGGGGCUCAGUCAUGGACCAUGUGCCGCCCCAGCGAGACCGGCAGUGGUGGCACCGUGGGUGGACUGGCAGGGACGCGGUAGCCUCCGACCGGGCGGGCGCUGGGCAGGUGCUGCUCUCACCGUCCGAGGGGCGGGUCAGGUCAGAAGCAGCACGUGGCUGAGGUCAGGGCCGCCGGGUGCAGCGGUCACCAGACUUGGGCUUCCUGCCCCGCCCCCGUCCGUGUCUCCCGAUGCACCUGGCCGGGGCUUGGUGCACGGGGGCCGACCCCGGCCUGGCCAGUCUGUAAAGCCGAGUCAGAGCAAAGUCUGGGUGAGGUUUUGUCUCGUGCUUGCGGGCCCAGGACCUGGCACCGCCUCGCCUCGCGCUGUCCUGCAGAUCCGCCGGCCCAGGCCCUAGCUCUGGUGGCUCUGCCCGCCGGGGACACGGUACGGGCUGCAGGCCUUUGGGGUCACACUUGGCGUCGCACUGGCCUCACACGGCCAGGUGACAGACUGGCUGCGACCCCCACCAGCUGACUGUCCCCGAGGAGCGGUCAGUGUCCACAGCAGCUUUGGGCCGUGCCCGGUCCAGAAGGGCCCCCCCCGGGAGGGGCCAGGGAGGCAGGCGGUGCCAGGGCAGGGGCCCCACUCUGCUCAGCCGGCCCCGGGGACGUCCGGCAGGCACCCUGGCGCAUCCGGGCCAGGCACGGCCGAGGCCACACAGCAGCCCCUGCACAUCGGCCGCGCAGAUUCCCCCUUACGCUAGUCCGGGCAGCCUGCUGUCGCAGGGGCUUUUCUGCAGCAGCCUUUGACCACGAUGGACGGUCCACGGGCGAACUGACCACGCCGCGGGGAGAAGCUCCACAGAGGGGCUGUGCGGCAGGCUACGGGGCUUUGGCUAAAAUAGCCCCGACUUCCUGUCUGCCUGAGGGUCUGAAAGAGGAAGCAGCCGGGCCACCGGGUCACCGUUGUCCUUGGGGCGCUGUGGGGCCCCCGCCCGCCGCUCUGCCUUGGCCGUGCUGCGGAGGCGUGUGUUGCCCUCCCUCGGCAACGGCCAGCUCCACACUGGCCCGGGCUACCACCCCGGGGCGGGCGUCCUCGAGGCAGGGGAGUGUUCAGACACCAGGAUGUGCCCUCCCAGCCCCACCGUCAGGGCGGCCGGGACGGUGGCUGUGCGUCUGCCAUCCAGGGUCACGUCCAGGCUGUGGCUCAGGCGAGCCCUGCAGGUUGAACUCGUGGGAUUUGCAGGUCACCCACACACGGCACCCACCCCGGCCUCCUGGCCGCCUCCUGGGGCUCUCCAGAGGCCAUGAGGCUUGGGCACUCGGGCCGGGGAAGUGGGGGUGGCGUGCCCGGGGCCACCACGGGGGUGAGUUGGGAGCCCGUCUAGGGCUACCAGGGUUGGGGCUGCGGCCGCCCUGCAGCCGCAGCUGG